CGAAUUGGCAUUAGAAUCGUUUGCAACGCGAUCGUGUGUGGACAGACUGUAGUUGAACGUGAACGUGAGCACCAUGGAAACGAAACGCUUGGCCAACGCUUGGGUGGCGAUUCUGCUCAGCUUCCUGGCAGUUGGGUUGAUCAGCACACAUCAAGACGUUGAUACGUCCGAGUUAUGCCUCGGGAAGUACUACUUCGGCAACACAUUUAAGAUCAACUGGUAUAAGGCGACAGAUUACUGUAGAUCCCGCGGCAUGUUUCUGGUGUCGAUCAACAAUCAUGCACAGCUGAACGAUGUGAUCAGGUGCAUCCAGAAGAGCGGACACCUGAACCUGAACAACGACCUGGACAUGUGGACGUCCGGUAACGAUCUCGGGGAGGAAGGGCAGUUCUUCUUCUCUUCGACCGGCGAACGGGUGACGUUCAAUCGGUGGGACAAAGGUGAACCGAACAAUGCGAGGCACGGAAUGUGCUUAUACGAGAAUUGUGUCACGCUGCACUUCAAAUUGCAUUCCGUCAACUACACUUUGGGCGAUAGGCCUUGCGGGAAGGAAAAAUUCUUCAUGUGUGAAACGUUGUAGGAUUAGUGUUGUAUUUGAGAGCUAAUCUUUGCUAAAAAGUACACUUGAAUGAGCUCCGCUGAACUUCUUCCAUUGAUAUGAUUUUACGCCAUGUGUACUGUAUGAUGUUGCUCAACCUAACAUCCAUUCAUAUGGCUACUAUGAUGUACACCAAUUAGGAAUGGCGUGGUUAUGUGUUUUAAGUGCACUAAUAAGAGAGCGGUGCGGUUUAUUUCAUCCAUAAAA